UUCCUCGCCAGCGUCGUUAUCCCGUCAGGUCGGCCCGGGAAGGAUAAAAGCCCGGCGGCGGCAUGAACCCGCUCAGAGCGCGCUGCAGCCCGCGGUCCCAGCAUGAACCGCCUAGCCUUCCUCACGACCGCCCGAAUUGUCCUCUUCCUGCUGCUCACCGGGAGCGCUUUGCAGCCCCAGGCGAGAGAAUUGCGCUGCAAGUGUGUGAAAGUCUUUUCCCAGAGAAUUUCACUUGAAUCCAUUGCUUCUGUGGAUUUCACACCUGAGGGACCACACUGUGUCAGGCCAGAAGUCAUAAUCACCAGGAAAGAUGGGAAACAAGUCUGCAUGAACCCCAGAAUGCCAUGGGUCAAGAGGAUUGUCCAAGAGAUUAUUAACCAGCAAAACAACAGGCUGUGACAGAAACUAUAUUUGGAUAUGUAACUGCAAGAGAAAAUGCUGCAACUGUAAAGAAAGAGAAGGAGAGAGAGAGAGAGAAAUUCCUGUGGUAAAAAAGCCAGAAAAGAAGAAAACCGGAAGC